AUGGGUUGCGCGGCGUCGAAGCUAGAAAACGAAGACACUGUACGGCGGUGCAAAGACCGUCGCCGUCUCAUGAAAGAAGCUGUCUACGCGCGUCACCAUCUGGCCGCUGCACACUCCGACUACUGCCGGUCACUUCGCCUCACUGGCACUGCUCUCUCUACAUUCGCCGCCGGUGAGCCUCUUUCCGUCUCCGAUAAUACCCCCGCCGUAUUCAUCAACCAUAAAACCACCACUCCCAUCCCCACCACCGCCGCGAAAACGUUCCACCAUCCACCGAAACCACAACCACCGUCUCCUUCACCGUCUUCCUUCCACCACCGUCCUCCGCCGCAGCAACAGUUUCAACCUUCACCUUCUCCCACUAUAACCUCCUCAAAACUCCCUCACAUCCUCUCUUCUUCCACAAAUGAACACAACCACCCUCGCCGCCGUAAACCACCGCCACCGAAACUCCCUCACAUUCUCUCCGAUUCAAGCCCUUCUUCUACACCGCGAAGCAACUUCUCCAACAAUUUCGCUCCCGGUUUCUUCCCUACAGCACAUUCUACAUACUCUUCCACACCUUCUCAAACUUCCUCCGUUUGGAAUUGGGAGAAUUUCUACCCUCCUCCUCCACCCCCGCCGGGCUCCGAUUACUUCGACCGAGAGCAUGAACACGAACAUGACCAAGAAGAUUCUAUUUCUCAAUUCUCUUUCAAGUCAAGAAAUAGCGAAAUUCCUUAUUCCCGACAACGUCCUCAACAACAACAACAACAACCACGAAUACAAACAUAUCAACAACAGCAACAACAGCAACAAGGUUAUCCUAAUCCAACAUCACAUGAAGUGGAAGGAUUUGAUUCUGAGAGAUCAGAAUACGAUUAUUUCAACAGAAAACUCGCAACGGUUCAGAAGAAUCCUAGUCAUCAUCAUUUGGAUGAACAACACACUGAGACGGAGCGAGAGGAGGUUGAGUGUAGUGAAUGGGGAGAUCAUUACAGCACAACUUCAUCUUCCGAGGAGGAGGAUGAAGAUGAUGAUGGGGUUGAUGGGGAUGUUGAGUCAAGGUCUGAGAUUGGGACUAGAUCAAAUUUCGGAUCAUCAUCUGCAGCAGCAAAAGGACAUGUUGCGGCGGUGGGGAAAUCGGAUGAUGUAGCAUCGUCUUCGAUGGGUGAAGGGGUAAUGGAGAUGAAGAUGGUGGUGAGACAUAGAGAUUUGAAGGAGAUUGUGGAUUCUAUUAAGGAGAAUUUUGAUAAAGCCGCUGUUGCUGGAGAUCAAGUUUCGGAGAUGCUUGAGAUUAGUAAAGCUCAGCUUGAUCGAAGUUUCAGACAAUUGAGGAAAACUGUGUAUCAUUCAAAUAGUCUAUUGAGCAGCCUGAGCUCGACUUGGACCUCAAAACCACCGUUGGCGGUGAAGUACCGGCUCGAGCCCGGUUCGUUGAAUGAACCGGGUGGUCUGAAGAGUCUUUGCUCCUCUUUGGAACGACUUUUGGCUUGGGAGAAGAAGCUCUAUGAUGAAGUCAAGUCUAGAGAAGGUGUGAAGAUUGAACAUGAAAAGAAAUUGUCAGCCCUGCAGAGUCAGGAAUACAAAGGAGACGAUGAAGCAAAGAUAUUCAAAACCAAGACUUCCAUCAAUAAGUUGCAGUCGCUAAUUGUUGUUACAUCACAAGCUGUGUCUACCACCUCGACCGCCAUUGUUGGCCUUAGAGACUCCGAUCUUGUUCCUCAGCUUGUUGAACUCUGUCAUGGAAUGAUGUACAUGUGGAGAUCAAUGCAUCAGUACCAUGAAGUCCAAAGCAACAUAGUUCAGCAAGUUCGUGGCCUGGUGAAUAGAUCGGGAGGAGGCGAUUCUACUUCUGAACUGCACAGGCAGGCAACUCGUGACCUUGAAUCCGCCGUCUCGGCUUGGCACUCGAGUUUUUGUCGCCUUAUAAAAUUUCAACGGGACUUUAUUCUCUCCUUACAUGGUUGGUUUAAGCUUAGUCUUAAUCCGGUUGAUAACGAUAACGUCAACAACAGAAUGGAACACUCCGACGCCUACAUGUUUUUUGAUGACUGGAAGCUUGCACUUGACCGUGUCCCUGAUACCGUUGCGUCUGAAGCCAUCAAGAGCUUUAUCAAUGUUGUCCAUGUGAUAUCUUCCAAGCAAGCCGAAGAACUCAAGAUAAAGAAGCGAACCGAGAACGCUUCCAAGGAACUCGAGAAAAAGGCUUCGUCUGUACGGAAUAUAGAAAGAAAGUUUUACAGCUCAUAUUCUUUGGUAGGGAUUAGCCUUCCUGACUCCGCGCCUGAUAAUGGACAAGGCUUAGACGCGUGCGAUCCACUUGCUGAGAAAAAACUAGAACUAGCAACCUGCCAAAGACGCGUUGAAGAUGAAAUGAUGAAGCAUUCGAAAGCCGUAGAGGUAACAAGAGCAAUGACACUCAACAAUCUUCAGACAGGCUUGCCCGGAGUCUUUCAAGCAUUGACCAGUUUUUCUUCGUUGUUCACCGAGGCUCUCGACUCGGUGUGUACUCGGUCGUACGCCAUCAAAUAG